AUGCAGAUCAAGAGCAUCAUCACCGUCCUGGCUACUGGCCUCUCUCUGGUUGCCGCCCAGGAAGCUGCCGACUCCACCAUUCUCUCCACUGCCACCAUGACUUUGACCGUCACCAUCACCUCCUGCAACCCUACCGUCUCCAACUGCCCCGGCAACGCUCCUGCUACUAGCACCAGCACCAGCACCAGCUCCAUCGAGAUUUCCAGCGUCGUCCUCACCACCUCGUCGGCCGCCCCGGUUGAGACCACCUCUUCCAGCUCGAUCGUCGUCAUCCCCAGCACCAGCUCUUCGUCUACUCUGUCCUGGUCCUUCCCCCAGGUCAACUCGACCACUCUCGCUGGUCCUACCGCCAGCCAGCCUCUCACCUCGGUCUUCAUCACCCAGACCCAGAGCCCGGUUGUCACUGCCAGCCAGCCCGCUGGUCCUUCUUCCCCCGUUACCGCUGGUGCUGCUGGCCUUGCCGCCCAGUCUGGACUUUUGAUGUCCGUCUUGGCCUUGGGCGCCGCUCUCUUGGCUUAA